UAUAACCUCAAAACGUUACGUCCUCACGUCGAAUAAUCGUAUCGUAAACAAACACCGAACCGAUGUUAAAUUUCAAUAUUAUUUUCAAACAAAUAUUGAAUUGAAUAAACCAUAUAAUUCAUAAAAAUGGCAGAACAGGUAAACCAGCGUAUCGAGUUAAUGAUAAAUGAGUUGGAGCAGAUGAGAAGAACUAAUUUAUUCGACGACGAAGAAAUUAGAGAUAUAUCUCGGAAACGCAAAGAGUUUGAGUACAAAUUACAAAGAAGGGUGAAGCACAAGGAGGAUUUUGUUCAGUACUUAUCCUACGAAUUGGCUUUGCUAGAAGAAAUAUCACUGCGAAGAGAACAAGCCAAACUUUCAGAAAAAAAGAAUGACAUAGAAUAUGCUAUCGCGAAACGUCUAAACAAAGUUUUUAAGCAGUUUAUAUACAGGUUUCAAAAUGAUGUUGAAAUAUACUUUGAAUAUGUGAAAUUUUGCAAGAGUGUUGGCUUUGAACAGGCUAUUUCAACGAUUAUUGGUCAAAUGCUACAGAUUCAUGGUGACAAACCCAAAAUGUGGCAAUUAGCUAGUAAAUGGGAGAGGAUUGAGCAGGAGGACCUUGCUACCGCUAAGCAGUUCCUCCUGAAGGGCAUCCAUAGGCAUCCAGAAUCAGCAGUCCUGUACUUGGAACUCUUUGAAAUUGAAUUGUUGCUAUUUCAUAAAGCUGAAUCACCUGAGGAUAAGGAAAAACAAAUAAAAAUUGCUGAUGUUGUAUGGAGAAAUGGAGUGAAGAAUGUGAAUGAUUUGACAUUCUUGUUCAAGCUUUGCGACCUGUGUUUGAAGUAUGAUGCUGAUAAAGCUAUAACUGACGGAAUCAAGCAGGAGAUAUGGUCAAAGCGAGACCAACAGGAAAUUUGGCCUUACAUUGCUGCUAAGGAAUUAGAAGGUACUCACUGGGAAGAAAUAGAAGAAUUUGCAGAUAAUGAUUCUUUUUACCCUAAGCAAUUGAGGAACUUCAUCAGUGUCUAUGAAGAGGCUUUGCUAAAGUUUCCAGAUCAAAAUUUAUGCACCAAAUACAUUCAUGACUUGCUGGGAGUUACAGACUCAAUAUGCAAUGACAAUCAAAAGAUAGAUGCUGUGAAGCAGGCUUGGUUAUUUGGCCAUGAACAUGGCUUACUUACAAAUGAAAUGUAUGAAUUUGGUAUUGACCUCUUGAAGCUAGAAGAUGAAUCACAGGAACAACUAGUAGAGAUUUUAGAUGCGGCAUCAAAAACAAAUCCACAACUUGUCUGUAUUUGGAAAGAGAAACUGUUAUUGAACAAAUCCGAUGACAAGAAAAUGCUGUCAAUCCUACAAGAGGCAUCAAAAGUGUUGAAAUCUGAUGAUGCACUAACACUCUGGAACCUUACUACGGAUUAUAUUAACUCUCCAAAUACUUUGAAAACAUUACACAAGAGAUUUCAGAAUUGUGAAAAUGUUGUUGUGUUAGCUAUCAAGCCCAAAUUGCUUCAGAAGGUCUAUGAUCACAAUGGAUUGAAAGCAGCUAGGGAAUUGUAUGAGGACUUAAUUAGGACUCCACCGACACAACUUGAAGUACACCAAAUAAUGAUAGACAUAGAGAGAGCUCAAGAAAAGAUGAAUGUCAAAAAUAUCAGGAAAUACUAUGAGUGUGCCAUCCAACACCACGGCAGUGAGGAUAUCAGUAUUUGGAUGGACUAUAUGAAGUUUGAAAUGGACUCUGGGAACAUUCAAGCACCUUCCACUCUGUACAGAAGAGCUAUUGCUACUUUGAAGAAAGAAUUUGUAGAUGAAUUUAUAAAAUUACACACUUUAGCUAAAUUAAAAUAAGAUAUAUGUAUUAAAUAAUAAACUAUUGACAAAGAAAAUAUAUUUAUUAAUAUAACCACAACUCGACUCAACAAAAAAAAAACAGUAUCCACAUGAUACACCAUUUAUACUAAAAAUAUUUACAUUCACUUUACAUAUUUCUCUCUACAA